AGAAGCUUAGCUUUACUGUGAAGUCUGAGUCUGGGUGUAACCUAACUAGCUAGAGGAUAUGCAAUUCCUGAUUGACAGCAGGACCAGCAUUAUGCAGAUUUGGUAAGAGAGAACAGCAGCUCAGAAAACAGUGAUUAGGGGCUCUGUUAGGAAUCAUUACAUUCAUCACUCAUAUCUUUAGUUUUUCAUUUUCCUGUCUACUGGAUUUGUAAACAAAUAGCACAAAACAGUUCCUCUUUUGUUUUUAUUAAAGUGAUACUGCAAUGCAGUUUCAGUCUAUCAGCUAGGCAUACAUGUGUGAAAAUUGGAUAUUCUCGCUAAAUUUUAGCUGUGUUCCAUGUUUAUCUCUAGACCUUUGUGUAUUAAAUCCUAUCUCGAGCUGUUCUCUUUAUACACAAGUGUGUUUUGCUUGUGCCUUCCUGUCUUCUUCAGUGAGAAGCUUUAUGUAGGUCAGGCUUGGCUUAAGCAGAUUUCCUGAACCUGCGUCAGCUUAAGCUGGAGGAAUUUUAAUAAACCCUCCCCUGUAGGCGUGGGCCUAAAUGAGGCUAGCCUAGUUAAGCCUGAUCUUUUUCUGUUUGUGAAAAGAGCUGAGCAGAGCUGAAGGCUGCUGCAUGGUGGUUUCAGAAACUGCCUACUUAAUUUGAAAAGAACAAUGGUAGGAAAGGCUAGAUCUUCCAAUUUUACCUUAUCUGAAAAGCUUGAUUUGCUAAAGCUUGUGAAGCCAUAUGUUAAAAUUCUCGAAGAACACACUAAUAAACAUUCAGUAAUAGUGGAAAAGAAUAGAUGUUGGGAUAUCAUAGCUGUAAACUAUAAUGCAAUUGGAGUAGAUCGCCCUCCUCGAACAGCCCAGGGCCUACGCACCCUUUACAAAAGGCUCAAAGAAUAUGCCAAACAGGAGCUAUUGCAGCAAAAAGAGACCCAAUCAGAUUUUAAAGGCAAUAUUUCUGAGCCAACCAAGAAAGUUAUGGAGAUGAUUCCCCAGAUUUCCAGUUUUUGCCUGGUAAGAGACAGGAACCACAUACAAAGUGCAAACUUGGAUGAGGAAGCACAGGCUGGUACGAGUUCACUACAGGUAAUGUUGGAUCACCAUCCAGUUGCUAUUACAGUGGAGGUGAAGCAAGAAGAAGACAUUAAGCCCCCUCCUCCACUGGUUUUAAGUUCUCAACAGAGUGAUAUUUUAGAACAAAGAGAAGACCAUGAAUUAGUACAUGUUAUGGAGAGAUCUUUGUCGCCGUCACUUUCCUCUGUUGAUAUGAGAAUGACAUCGUCUCCAUCUUCUAUCCCAAGGAGAGAUGAUUUUUUUCGGCAUGAGCGUGGAGAACACUUUAGGUCACAAUUAGGGUAUGAUCCUCAGAUUCUGCAAAUGCUGAAAGAGGAGCAUCAGAUAAUUUUAGAAAAUCAAAAAAAUUUUGGAUUGUAUGUUCAGGAGAAGAGGGAUGGAUUGAAAAGAAGGCAGCAGCUAGAGGAAGAGCUGCUAAGAGCAAAAAUUGAAGUGGAGAAGCUGAAAGCAGUUCGCUUACGGCAUGAUCUGCCUGAAUAUAAUAGUCUCUAAUAUUUUCUUUCAGUCUUGCAAUUUGAUGAUUUUAAUUUUGACCAAAUUACUUUCAUUUGGGAGCAGAAUACAUACUCUUAAAAGUGCAUUAAUCUCAAUUGUGAAAAAAUCUUUUUUGACAUGAUUUUCUAAUUAUUUAAUUUUCUUUUGAGAUAUAUUAAAACUUAUUGAUUGGUUGGCAUGAUUAUAUAUUUUGUCUUUGGUUUUUUUUCUAAGAAGUUCGAUUGUUGGCUUUAGAAAAGAUUUCUUAUUUUGAUCAUUAAAUUAGAGCACACAUAAAUAGAUAUACAAACAUAUGUAUUCUUUCAAAGUUCUGAGUCUUUGACAUUUUAAAUUAGAGCUUUGAAAGCUAUAGUUCAAGGUUUUUAAGUCAGUCUAAUUUAGGAGCAAUACUAGCCUGAUUAACAGAAGCUUGCCUAUAAAACCUUGAUUUUUAUGCUUUUUUGUUUUUGAAGAAGUGAUAGGAUUUUACAGAUGAAAGGUACUUGGAAAUCACUUUUUUUCUACCUCUUUGAUUCAGAGGUAAUGAAACUGAGGUCCAGGGAGAGCUUAGUGACUUGAUAUAACAAAGCUGUUUAUGGCAGAGCAAGGACCAGUACUCAGAUUUUGUUUCUUUGUAGUCCCUUCCCCCCCGCUAUUCCAUAGAAGUAAAAAUCCACUAAAAUGUCUUCCUUAUGAAAAAAUUAUGGAAGUGUUUAUUUCAUUACAAUUGCUUUUAAAGAUUCUUAGGUUACAGAACCAGGGAACUUGUAUCAGUUACCCCCAACCUUCUUUCCUUUCUUGUCCAGCAAAAUAAAUGUUCUCUUAGAACAGUUAUAUAUUUUGGCUAUAAGAUUAAA